AUGGUAGACGCGCUAGCUGACUCAUUGACCGAGGAACAAGAAGCGCAAGCGUUUGAGUACAUGGAAAAAACACAGACUGCCAUUGAUCGCGCAGAAAUGCUUAUAAUACAACUUGACGCACGAAAUGCAACAACAAAACGAAGACAAGCCUCGCAGCAGCAAUCCCGCACGCCACCGGUUAGGAAGACUGAAAGCACUAAACAACAAAGAGGCAAACAAACACGGGCACACCCAGUUAGCACCGAGAUCCCAGAAGAGAACCACGAGGAACUGGGAGAAACGCAGGAACCUAGGACCAUUCUUCACGCCGAGGAAAAGGGAACGCUCGGAAGAGAUGGUUCAGUACUACUUCUCACAGGCUCAGCAAGAAUCUACAACACUGCUGGCAAGGAAUGGACUGACGUCUAG